AUGAAAAAUAAUGCUUUUAAAUGGGAAAAAUUUCCUGGGAGCAUUGUGAAAUAUACAAAUAGAAGAAAUGUUGAUAAUUUUAAAUGGGAAAAAUAUCCUCGGGAUAUUAUUAAAAUAUAUAGUUAUAUUAGUAAAAAGCCUCGAAAUUCCGAGUUGAAUUUAGGAGGAAAUUUACGAGGAAAUUUUAAUUCUAAUGAAAUGCAUAUUUCAGAGGGAAUAUAUAGCGAUCAGCCCCUUAAAACUUGUGAAAUUUUAAGGACUGAUGGAAUAAAUAGACUGGGUCAAUGUCCUAGGGUUAACUUGAGAAUUGACUGCAGGCAUACUGAUAUGCUAUUUGACACUGGUGCGAGCAUUUCGAUAAUGUCUUGUGAAUAUGUUUAUAAAUAUUGGCCUAAUGGCGUGAUUAUUAAGGAAAAUAUGUGUUUAAAACAGUUCGAUGGUUCUGAAAUUGAGGUUUUUGGUAAAACUCAAUGGUAUGUGGUUUUUAAUGAUACUAUCAUAAGUUUAGAUUUAUGGAUAGUAGGAAAAGCCGUGGAAACUAUUAUGGGGUGGGAUUGGAUUACCACAAUUGGACCCUAUAAUAAUUAUUGGAAUUUAUUUAUCAUUGAUAGCGAAUUAGCUGGUGAUAAUGUUAAAAGAAAAUUAAUGGCGGAUAAUAUCCGAAAUGAACUUCAGAAAGAAGGGAUAUCUAAAUUAUUGAACGAUGAAAACAGGAUUGUCGUUAAUAAUAAUUUUAUUGAAACACCCGAAAAGGUAGUGAUCAGUUCUGAUCAUACUGAAAUAAAUGGUAAAAUUGAUAGGGAUCAAUUUAUGGAAAUUGAAAUCGAUGGAUUAAAAAAGAUCGAUCUGGCUAUACCUAUUUUGGUUAGAAAAUAUGGUAUAAUUUUUGAAGAAAAAUUAGGACGUUUAAAUGAUUAUCAAGUAGACGUUAAACUUAAAAAGGGUUUUUCACCCAACUUUUUGGCUUGCCGAAGAGUUCCUUUUGAGUGGAAAAGGGAGAUCGAUGAAGAAUUAGAUCAAUGGGUUAGAAAUGGCAUCAUUAUUCCUGUGGAAUAUAGUGAGUGGGCCACACCAUUGGUACCUGUUAGAAAAUCGAAUGGAAAGUUAAGGCUAUGUGCUGAUUUCCGUGUAACCUUAAAUAGAUGGGUAGUGGAGGUAAAAUAUCCAUUGCCUAGGAUUAAGGAGAUUUUGGCCAGUUUAAAAGGUAUCAAGUAUUUUUCCAAAGUUGAUUUUUCUUCGUCUUAUUUGCAAUUGCCUUUGAAAGAAGAAAUUCAUAAAUUAUUUACAAUAACGACUCCUAAAUGA